CGCCCGUUCCCUCCCCGCGCCGGGCCGGGGGAGGGCGGAGGGAAGGGACGGGACGGGACGGGAAGGGGGGGGCAGCGGUCGUCGCCUCCCCGUCGGAGCUUGGGCGAGCACCUGGCCCAGGACGCGGGGCGGACGGAGGAAGGCCUCGGAGCGCAGGCACCAUCCAGAGCCACUUGUGAAGCCCGAUAGCUCUUUACAGGAGCCAAACGUAUCCCGAGGGGCCUUAAAGCAGAGGGAGCCUGCUGCCGAGGAGACAACAUGGAGCAGAAGAUCAGCUCUUUCUUUAAUUCCAUCUUGGAACUCAUCCGCACCAAGCACAAGGAGGGAGUCUUCAACACUGUCUGCCUCGUGGUGCUGCUGGGCCUGCCCUUCGUUGUCCUCAUCGCGUCCAUUUUCAUCUGCUGCCACUGCUGCUUCUCCAGCUGGCGGCGGCGGCGAAGUAGGAAGAAAGGCGGCCCCAGCAGCAAGGGGCAGCCACACGCUGAGAAGAACAAGAAGAACAAGAAGAAGAAGAAGAAGGAUGAAGAGGACCUGUGGAUCUCAGCUCAGCCCAAGCUGCUCUUGCUGGACAAGAGGCCAUCCUUGCCCAUCUAGCGGACAAGAGGACACAAGGGCUGUCCCCUCAGAUGCUGCCGGUCCUUCCAGCUGCACACUACGAGGGCCAAGGAGAUGCCGAAACUGCUGCCAUUUCACAGUGACUUUGAAAAGAGGCAGAGCCCAGCACCGAAGGGUCAGCACAGAGCAAGGCAGUUGGACGCACAUUUGCGUCCCACAUUACAACAGCGUGCCCGAAGGUCAAAACCCCGGUGAAGGACACCCGUGUAUGUGGACACCGGUCCCACCGAGCACCUGGGGGUGACCCGCCACCGGGCUGUGCAUCCCCUCAUCUUGGAGUCACAAAGCAAGCCGAGUGCAGCGUCACAGCACAAAGGUGUCCUGUCCCCUCUAGCCCCCAAACCGAAGGCAAUAAGAGCACCACGAGAUGCCCUCAGCCCAACCUCGGAGAUCUCAGGACCCAAGUCAAGGCAGCAAAGCAGAAGGCCAUGCUACCACCCAGCCUAGAGGCAGGAAGGAGUGAGGAAGCUGCAAGACCAGCCCUUUUGCACCAGCACUUCAAAAAUGUUCCUUGAAAGACUGUUUUGUGCAGACUUGCCUUUGAAGAGCCCACCGUGCUGCAGCAAAGGCUGCAUCACCCCUAUGCUACCGCAAGAGCAGAGACGCAACCUGAGGCCGUGUAACAGUUUAGCUAUGGGCAUUAGUGUUAUUUAUUGAAUGACUACUGAAGAGCAGGACCAAAGGCCCCCUCUGCCGGGGGGCUAGGCACACUGAAUCGGUAUUGGAGCAGCAGAGACGCUUGCCUGGCACACUCAGCCCUCCUCUCGCCCUGUGCCACGCACUGGGGACAUGCGCAGACCCACCAGCACAUGCCGCUGCCAGCUGGGGCCAGGCAGGCAGCUCUCCCAGCUGCUCUGUGGCUGUUGAGACAGCUGCAUCUGGGAUUUGGGAUGUGCUGGAGGGUACAUCCUGUCCUUCCUACCCAGCUGGAUCCCGCGCCCAUCUCCCUCUCCAUCCCCAUCAUCCUCAUCUCGCCAUCACCUUCCUUGGACAAGUGACAGCUCGGCCGGCCUCAGCAGCUACCAGCCCACACCCAGCUCUCAGCCCUGCUCAGGUUUUAACCCUCUGCUCCCCCCACACCUACCUCCUGAGGAGCUGGGGGGUCUCCUCUGCCCCCCGCUCUUCAUCCCACCAGGCUCUGUCUCCCCCAGUUUGCUUUGCCAGCGAGGGAUGCGCAGGUGUGAUCAGAAGCUGCAUCACAUCCGUUUUUUGCCCUGCAUCCUCCUGCUUUUUUCCACUUUUUAAAGCCCCUGGCACAGACUGGAGCUGCCAGCCAGAGCCAGACAUCUGGGGAGGAGAAGCCAAACCCACAAGGACAAGCCUGGAUGGAGCUGCUGGACGUGGCCACAUCCAGCCUGAGGAAAGGCAGUGCCAUUUUCCCAGCUCCUGGGUAGGAAAGCCACCAGUUCCCAGUGGUCACUUGUGGCACCCAGCCCCAGUUUGUCUGCCUCCACCAGGGCGGUGACGCUAAUGUCACAUCACAGGGCUUGGCUCCAUCUGGCUGCACUGGUGACAGCCUUGAGGCCAGGCUCCCCCUCACACGGGGCUUAAAUUGCCCCCAUCUGUGCCUUAUUUCCCACUUUACUUCGUGACCAUUGAAACAAGCAACUCCCUCCUCCAAAACAGGAAGCAACAUAUAAUAGUGGAAGAAUUAGGCUUUGCCACACCUAAUCCCAGAGAGAAACAUCUGUCCCCCGGCCAGGUACUUCUCCCCAGCUUCGGCCAGACCACGAACUGGCUGCAGCACCCACCCCGGCGAGGAGGCGAGAGCAGCACGGUACGGAAACGCCGCCCAGUGGGCCCUGCGCUGCAGCCACCUCUGCACUGCCUCCCUGCAGCUUCGUUUCGGUAAAGACCUCUUAUUUUCCUAAAGAGUCCAUGCAACAGGGGAAGAAAUAAACUUUUUUUUUUCCUGCAUUUUUUUAAACAAAAAUAAAUGACUCCAAAACUG